AUGCCUGCUGCAGCCUGUGUCCAAGCGGCCACUCUGCAGAGAUUCCUUAACGCUUGGGCGAACUGGGAUGCCCAGGAGCACCUGUCUAUCUUCACUGAUGAUUUCAGUCAGCGCACACUGCCUGCCAGACUCGGAAUUCCUACCAGGUCCCGAGAACAGGUCGAGCACACAUUGCCAAUCCUGAUCAGUACCGUGAAAUCUUAUCAUCUGACAGUAAAUCAUAUUGUGCACGACAUCGAAAGAAACAAAGCCGCCAUCUAUGCUUUGUCUAAGGGAGAACUUCCGUGGGGACCAUGGGAAAUGGAAUAUUCUGUAUUCAUCACGUUUUCCGAGGCAGGAGAUCAGGUAGCGGCUCUCGAGGAGAUGAUGGAUUCUGCCGUUCUACAAGAAUUCGCGCCCAAGUUUGCCCAACAUAUGCAUGCGAAAGAAAUUCCGUCUUAA